AUGCAGAACCGAUGUAAACCGGAAAUCCGCCAAUGUAACAUACGAAAAAAAGCCACCAUUCUGGACCUCGCUCGAAAAAACAAAAACGUGCUGUUCAAAGAACACUACGCGUGUCUAUACUCAGACCCAGCGUCUUCGUCACAUCAACUCUUGUCAAGACGUAACUGCGAACAGCCUCUAACCGACUUGGUCUUCACGGUGGGGGGCAUUCGUAAACUCUUGCACAAGAUCAAUCCAUUCUGCGCGUUGGGGCCCAAAGAGGUCCAUCCAAGCGUCCUGAAGGAUACGUCCUCCACACUGGAUAAUUAUCUACACCUGGUGUUUCGCGAGUCGCUUGACGAAGGCCGCCUUCCCUCUGCCUGGCAAGAAGCGAUUGUCACGCCACUCUACAAAACUGGUGACCAAAUGUCGCCUGGCAGCUAUAGGCCUAUAAGCCUCACUAGCGUGCCGUGCAAGGUGAUGGAACGCAUUCUGAAGCGAGCCAUCCUAGAUCACCUUACUUCCAGCAAUCUGAUAUCUCCAGCUCAACACGGAUUUCUACCAAACCGUUCUUGCGUAACAAACAUGCUCGUGUUUAUGGACAGCUUAACCCAAGCCAAGGACAAAGGACUCAUAUCGGAUGCCAUAUUUUUCGACUUCUCAAAAGCAUUUGAUAGGGACCCACACGUCCCGCUGCUCCACAAACUCGAGUCUUACGGAAUUCAAGGGAAAAUCCUCCGCUGGAUCAAGGCGUUCCUAUCAGACAGGUCAUUCCGAGUGAGAAUAGGCUCAACCUAUUCCUCUCCAGCGCCGGUCUCCAUUGGAGUUCCUCAAGGCUCCGUCUUGGGACCACUCCUGUUUCUGACCUACGUCAACGACCUCCCAGACGUUCUUGCGAGUCCACUCUGGUGCGCUGCUGACAUCGCUUAUGGAGAGGGGAGUCGCACCACAGACAGAUGUGGUGUUGAAGCUGCUUCUUAUUGGCGAUAUGGACCGCUGCUGGAGUACGCCAACCAAGUUGUCUACUCAGGACGCACGAAAGACUUCACCCCCAUUGAGCGUGUCCAGCGGGCCGCCACGAGAAUGGUUGCCGGCCUCAAAUCCGUGGACUACGAAACGCGCCUCUCGAUGCUCGAUCUCUUUCCCCUGGAGUACCGUCGCCUCCAAGGGGACCUAAUUCUUACUUACGCCUUGUUUGAACAGAGCUUGGCAAACCGGUUUUUUACCGUUGACCCAGCAAACACCCGGCGGGACAUACACACCCGUUUUAUCUUUACCGAUUUUUUCUACUUCUUUUAUCACAUUUCAGGUGUUGGUAAAAGUAGUCUUCUCCUGCGGUAUAUUGAUAAUGACUUUUCCGCAACGUAUAUCAGCACAAUCGGUGUGGACUUCAAAGUGAAAACAAUAAUGGUCGGGGGUUUGCGCGUCAAGCUUCAAAUUUGGGACACAGCUGGCCAGGAUCGAUUCCGUACGAUCACUUCCACUUACUACCGAGGUGCACAUGGGAUCAUUAUUGUCUAUGACGUAAAUGACGUAAGGACAUUUUGUAACGUAGAACGGUGGACUCAGGAGGCGAGCAUGUACACGGACGACUCGAUUGCUCGAAUUCUCGUGGGCAAUAAAAAUGACACUCCUGCACUCAAAACAGUCGCCGCGCGUGACGCACAACGUUUGGCUGCAAAACAUUCAUGCCUUUUCAUCGAAACCUCCGCCAAAAGUGAUGAAAAUGUGGAUCAGAUGUUCGAUAUGAUCACACGAGAGGCGUUACGAUUACGACUACAAUUGGCGAGUCAGCAGUGCAAUGCGAUGCCCAAUUCCAUUACCCUCCGCCCUGUUGCUGCUGCGCCACCCGAAAAGAGGCGGAACUGUUGUAAGUAACGAAGCGCCUCGUUUUUUCAACUCAGUGUCCGACCGAAAUGCUGUGUACAUAUUUCUUUUUAUCAGCUGAUCCUUAUCACAAGCCGAUAAUUUGUUCUGUUAAUUAUAUUUUCAAGGAACCAGAUCUGAUUAAGUCACUAAUGAAAACCGGCAUUUUUUCUUGAUCGAACCGUGCCUUUAACUCGUUUUUUUCACUUUUUCUUGUAUUACCACUACCUUAUUCUCUCACUUACCUCACCGGCUUCGCCACUUUGGCAAUACCCAGCCAACCACUUUCAACGAAUCCCGUGAUUUUAUACCAGUAUUACCAUUACUUGAUUACUCAUCAAGCUAAUAUGAAUUAGUUAAUCAGUCUUUCGUCACCG